CCUAGUUACUUUAUAAAAAGUACACACUAUUUCUGGCACAUCAACCAAGAAGAAAUAAAAGGAUACAAAACCUUUAAAAGCAAAGCAAAGACUAUCAACCAAUAAAAUCACGAUAAUGACGAUGGAGCUUGUGUUUAUACCGUCGCCGGGAAUCGGUCAUCUCAGAUCAACCGUCGAGUUAGCCAAGCAGCUAGUCAACGGAGACGAACGUCUUUCCAUCACCGUCAUCAUCAUCCCGCGAUCUUCCGCCGGCGACGCGGAUGACUCCGCCCAAAUCUCCUCCCUCUUCACCCCGUCUCAAGAUCGUCUCCGUCACGAAACCAUCUCCGUCGCCGUUAAUCCGACCGGGGAACGUCCCCCGACUCAAGUCUACAUCGCCAAUCAAAAGCCGCAAGUGAGGGAUGCAGUCGCGAGACUCCUCGACUCGCAGCCGUCGUCUCCGCCGCGGCGGCUUGCCGGGUUCGUCAUCGACAUGUUCUGUAUCUCGAUGAUGGAUGUGGCCGACGAGUUCGGAGUCCCGACUUACAUGGUGUACACAUCUAACGCCUCGUUCCUCGGGUUCACGCUUCGUCUCCAGGAGAUGUACGACGAGAAGAAGUGCGACACGAGCGAGCUGAGCGAGUCCGUGAAAGAGUUGGAGAUUCCGUGUUUCACUCGUCCUUAUCCCGUCGAGUGUCUUCCGUACAUUUUCGUCUCGAAUGAGUGGCUACCGUUGUUUCUAGCCCAAGCAAGAAACUUCCGAAAGAUGAAGGGUAUUUUGGUAAAUACCGUUGCUGAGCUGGAGCCUCACGCUUUGAAUGUUUUAUCACGUGAUGGUGACCUCCCUCGAGCUUAUCCUAUUGGACCAGUGUUGCACCUUGAAAACGGUGAAAAGGAGCCGGAGAUUUUGCGGUGGCUCGACGAUCAACCGGCGAGAUCCGUGGUGUUCCUCUGUUUCGGUAGCUUGGGAGGUUUCAGCGAUGAACAAACUAGAGAGAUCGCUGUAGCGCUUGAUCGAAGCGGUCACCGGUUUCUCUGGUCGCUCCGUCGCGCAUCGCCGAAUAUAUUGACGGAAGGUCCCGGAGACUACGCGAAUCUGGAGGAGGUUCUCCCGGAGGGGUUCUUGGAUCGGACGUCGGAUAGAGGGAAGGUGAUCGGGUGGGCUCCGCAAACGGCGGUGCUAGCGAAGCCGGCGAUUGGUGGAUUCGUCACUCACUGUGGAUGGAACUCGAUGCUCGAGAGCUUGUGGUUCGGCGUUCCGAUGGUGACGUGGCCGCUCUACGCGGAGCAGAAGGUGAAUGCGUUCGGGAUGGUGGAGGAGCUGGGACUGGCGGUGGAGAUAAGGAGGUUCAUUAAGGGGGAUUUGUUGGAAAAGGGGGAGAUGGAGACGGUUACGGCUGAGGAUCUGGAGGGAGCGAUAAGGCGUGUGAUGGAGGAAGGUAGUGACGUCAGGAACAGAGUGGAGGAGAUGGCUGAGAAGUGCCACGUGGCGUUAAUGGAGGGAGGAUCUUCGAAGGUGGCUUUAAAAAAGUUCAUUCAAGACGUGAUCGAGAAUGUUGUGAUCUAGGCUCAAUUUCAUUGGAGGGGAAGUUAAAACGAGAUGGAGUUUUGCAUGUUCACUAUGACGUGCAUGCAUUGACUUAUUUGCCUAUGUGUUGUUCUGUAUCGUAUAUCUCGUGAAUAAAGAAGACCCGUGAAUGAUU